UGACGUCGUACGCCGCCCGCGGGCGGAAGCGCGGGCGGGCUCUAGCGGCGGCUCCGUCCCCUCGGAGGGACGCAGGAGCGCGGGUUGAGGCUGCUCGGCGGAGCGGGACGCGCUCGCAGCGCGGCUGGGCGCUGGCGAUGACCGACGCCGGGGCCCCGGGACCUGAGGCCGGCGCUGCGCGGGCCGAGCCGGCCGGCGCGGCGCUGAGCGUGGACGUGGCGGGGCUGCUGGUGCAGCUGGCGCGCAGCUUCGCGCUGCUGCUGCCGGUGUACGCGCUCGGCUACCUGGGCCUGAGUUUCAGCUGGGUGCUGCUGGCGCUCGGGCUGCUCGUGUGGUGCCGGCGGAGCCGCGGCCUCAAAGCCACCCGCCUGUGCCGCGCCCUGGCGCUGCUGGAGGACGAGGAGCGCGCGGUGCGCUUGGGGGUGCGCGCCUGCGACCUGCCCGCCUGGGUUCACUUUCCAGACACGGAAAGAGCAGAAUGGCUAAAUAAGACGGUGAAGCACAUGUGGCCUUUCAUCUGCCAGUUCAUAGAGAAGCUGUUCCGGGAGACCAUAGAGCCGGCCGUGCGGGGAGCCAACGCCCACCUCAGCACCUUCAGUUUCACCAGAGUCGACAUCGGCCAGCAGCCCCUCAGGAUCAACGGUGUCAAGGUGUACACUGAAAAUGUGGACAAAAGGCAAAUUAUCCUGGACCUUCAGGUCAGUUUUGUAGGAAACUGUGAGAUCGACCUGGAGAUCAGGCGGUACUUUUGUAGAGCUGGUGUGCAAAGUAUACAGAUUCACGGCACGAUGCGGGUGAUCCUGGAACCGCUGAUUGGAGACAUGCCCCUGGUGGGAGCCUUGUCCAUCUUCUUCCUCAGGAAGCCGCUUCUGGAAAUUAACUGGACAGGCCUGACCAAUCUUCUCGACAUCCCCGGGCUGAAUGGCCUAUCAGAUACUAUCAUCUUGGAUAUAAUAUCAAACCACCUGGUGCUUCCCAAUCGAAUCACUGUUCCGCUCGUCAGCGAGGUUCAGAUAGCCCAGCUGCGGUUUCCGAUACCGAAGGGUGUUCUCAGGAUACACUUCGUUGAAGCUCAGGACCUCCAGGGGAAGGACACCUUCCUUAAGGGGCUUGUCAAGGGCAAGUCAGACCCCUACGGCGUGAUCCGAGUCGGCAGCCAGAUCUUCCAGAGCAAGGUCAUCAAGGAGAACCUGAGCCCGAGGUGGAACGAGGUGUACGAGGCCUUGGUCUACGAACACCCCGGACAGGAGUUAGAAAUCGAGCUCUUCGACGAAGACCCGGACAAGGACGACUUUCUGGGAAGCCUCAUGCUCGACCUGACCGAGGUGGAAAAGGAGCGCCUCCUGGACGAGUGGUUCACCCUGGACGAGGUCCCCAGAGGGAAGCUGCACCUGAAGCUGGAGUGGCUGACGCUGAUGCCACACGCUGGCCGCCUGGACCAGGUGCUCACAGACAUCCGAGCCGGCAAGGGCCAAGCCAACGACGGCCUUUCCUCCUCCUUGCUGAUCUUGUACUUGGACUCAGCGAGGAACCUUCCGAGUAACCCAUUAGAAUUUAACGCUGAUGUCUUGAAGAAGGCUGCAGCUCAGAAAGCUUUCAAGUCAGGGAAGAAGGUGAACAGCAGCCCCAACCCUCUGGUGCGGAUGUCGGUCGGUCACAAGGCCCAGGAGAGCAAGAUUCGCUACAAAACCAACGAGCCUGUGUGGGAGGAGAACUUCACUUUCUUCGUCCACAACCCCAAGCGCCAGGACCUUGAAGUCGAGGUCAGAGACGAGCAGCACCAGUGUUCACUGGGGAACCUGAGGAUCCCGCUCAGCCGGCUGCUCACCAGCAACGACAUGACCAUCAACCAGCGGUUCCAGCUCAGCAAUUCAGGGCCGAACAGCACCCUGAAGAUGAAGAUUGCCCUCAGGGUACUCCACCUGGAAAAGCAGGACAGGUCUCCGGACCACCAACACUCAGCUCAAGUAAAGCGACCCUCCGUUUCCAAAGAAGGGAGGAAAACAUCUGUCCGGUCUCAGAUGUCUGCGUCGCCAGGCACUGGUGACGGCAGCCCGGCCCCGUCCACGCCCAUCAUCGGGGGCGCUGCGAGGCCUGGCCUGGAGGACAGAGCCCCGCCUGCGGAGGCCAGCCCCCAGGGACCCCGAGACCUGGGCCGGAGCUCCUCCAGCCUGCAGGUCGGCGCCACCGGCUCCCCCAGCCACAUGUUUGUCAAGGAGCCCACGCCCAGCAUAGCCUCGGACAUAUCGCUGCCCAUCGCCACGCAGGAGCUGCGGCAGAGGCUUCGGCAGCUCGAGAACGGGACGACGCUGGGACAGUCUCCGCUGGGGCAGAUCCAGCUGACCGUCCGGCACAGCUCGCAGAGAAACAAGCUGGUGGUGGUUGUGCACGCCUGCAGGAAUCUCAUCGCCUUCUCUGAAGACGGCUCCGACCCCUACGUCCGCAUGUACUUGUUACCGGACAAGAGGAGGUCGGGGAGGAGAAAAACGCACGUGUCGAAGAAAACACUGAACCCCGUGUUUGAUCAGAGCUUUGAUUUCAGCGUGUCCUUGCCAGACGUGCAGCGGAGGACCCUGGACGUGGCCGUGAAGAACAGCGGCGGCUUCCUGUCCAAGGACAAAGGGCUGCUCGGCAAGGUGCUGGUCGCUCUGGCGUCGGAGGAGCUCGCCAAAGGCUGGACCCAGUGGUAUGACCUCACGGAAGAUGGGACGAGACCGCACGUGGUGACGUAGGCCCCGCGGGCCGAGGCGCUGCUCCCUGGGGUGUCGGCCCCGCCCCGCGUGCUGGAAGGCGCCCUCCUCCCCCAAUCACCGACGCUGUUUUUAUACUUCCUGUUCUUCUCUGGACAUGCCUUACUCGUUUUAUAAAGCGUGGACACUUGAGGCAUGUUUGGCCGAUGGUAUCGUCCAGUGUUGUGUGUUGGACCCCUCCCGCGAGCCAGCAGCCGUCACAGCCCACAGCCAGGCGGCAGGCCCUGCUGGUGGGGGAGGCUGGGUGUCCGGGAGGCGGGCCCGUGUGUCUGCCUCGUCGUGGCCGUGCUUCGCGUGUCACUGGGGCACGCCGUGCCGUGUAAAUAGAUGCUAUUUUUUAUAAUCUCUACAUGCUGGUUUGGAUUCAGAAGAAAAUGGCUUAAGGAAAUAUAUAUAUUUUCUUCUAAAUUCUUAUGACAGAUAAUCAUUUUUGUCUUUGCAGGAAAAAGUUCUCAGUGACUUAUUUUGUGCCAUUUAUUUUUAAAGAGAAAAGCUGAAAGAUUAUGAAAUAUUAGUAUAUUUCUGCCCAUUAUCAAAGAAAGAAAGUAUUAAAACUAUUAACACUU